AUGUAUACUGUGUACGAGCCUAUGUAUCGCAUGUGUACUACAAUCGCGGUAAAUGUAACAUAAAUGAGCCUUGAAGAGGUUGAAUAGAUAAAAUAACUUGCCAAAUUGCAUAAAACUGACGAACAACAUUCUUUUCUUUGAAUAUGACGUCAAAGUUUCAGCCAACCAGCGGCCGAAUAGAAGUGCAAUGGCUGUCAGUUGGAAAAAAAAUUGCAUAUCGGGCAGUGUUCAUCACUCAACAUUUUAUCAGUACAUUAACCUGCGGAGGGAUAAAACAUCACAGAUCUAUACGACUCCGUAAAUUUAAACAUCGUGUGAAAGAGUCAACGAAGCCAUGAAGGACUGGAAUUGUAUAUCGAGGGGUCACGUCAUUGAUGUUCUUAUUACGUAUAUUUUACAUACACCGUUUGUUGUACUUUUUUGGCGAGGAACCUGGAUGCUAGAGACCUACUAUAUAUACCCUUCUAAUGCCGAACUGAGUUGUUUGAUCUGUAUUGUUACUGGACUGAUUAUAAACGUCGUCAUGUAUGCAACCCAGUCUCUACAAGAGAGGUAUUUCACGGGCUUGUCACCAGUACCGUAUGUGAUUACGUCACGUUUAUAUACGUACGUAUUUGCCGUCUCUAUCGUUAGUCAUUGGCGCGGAUUAUGGACUCUUUUAGAUCUGCAUACAGAAAUCAACUGGUUAAACGAUGCGAUAAUUACUGGUGUCGCUGCCUUGGCUCUAUUCCUACUUCGAUCAUAUAUCAAUGUUUUGUGUGUUCCGAUUAUGAUUGAUGUAGAUUUUUACAGAUCACGAUAUUUCAAGGUUUCUACGCGAUUCCAUUCUAAAGUGAACAUGCCAUGGUUCGUAUUAGAUUCCAUUUUUACAGCCACCAUUAUUCAUUCUCUGAUUAUCGUCGUAUGGAGAGGAUUGUGGCAUUUUCUAGAUCUCGGUUUAUUUCCGGAUCAAAUGUCAACCACUGCACUUUAUUCUCUGGUGAUAGGCUAUGGCGUCGCGAUAGCAACGAUGAGUGUUCAGAAUUAUAUAGCAAGGAUCUCAAAAUAUGUAGAAAAUCAGACUCUAUGUAAAAUUAUUAUGGAAGAUUUGUUUAUAUUGAUUGUUUGUGUGGCACCUGUGUCUUGUUGGCGUGGACUCUGGCUUCUCCAAGAUCUGUAUUUAUUCCCUUCCUACGAACAGCUUAGUUACUGGACAUCCCACGCUACGGGAUUUUUAGGUCUGGUUAUUCUAGGCUCGUCGAACUCUCUGUUGGUCCGGGGGUGCAAGCUAGACGGUGAGAUGGAGGAUGGCGAGGGUGUGAAAGCUGACCUCGAGUAUUUUGCCCACUUCAAAAUGCAGAAGACACCACAGACUGAGUCGCUUAUCCAAAAAAUAAAGGAUAUAAAUGGCGGCAUAAAUGAUGAUAUAAAUGGCGGCAUAAAUGAUGAUAUAAAUGGCGGCAUAGGAGAUAAACAGAAAGAUAAAGCUUGUAUAGAAAUCGAACAGAAAAUGAUGAUAUUAUAAAUAUGUAUUUUUACUAGCAUUUUAUAUUUUUUGAGAAUACAAUUCUGAGGGAUACUUUUCAUCACGUAAGAAACUGUAAAUAUAUAUUCAAUCAAUAAUCCAUACCACCGGUUGCCAGUCUUUCGUCCACUCGUGGACCCCUUGUGACAUUUUACAAAUCUCUGGGGACCCAAAUGCUUUUCUGUUCUAUCAGAAUGGGGACGUACCAUCAGGUUUCACAUAAACCCUAACUAACAUGGUUCAUCGUAAUCUGAAAACUUUAAGGAUGCAUUAUCCUACAGCUAAAUCUGAUUAUUGCAAGUCUUUGUUUAUAUAUAGUUUAUUAAUUAGACUUUUAUUAACUUGACAAGAUCAUAAUCAACUCCGUAUGCCAUCGGAUGCUCGUGAUUGUCAACGGAUUUAAGCACGAUUGGUGGUUAAUGCUUUAUUUAAAAAUUAUAUAAUCGAGACUUUGUUUUCUAUGUUAAUAACGAUAGUAAUGGCAAUCGAGACCCCGCUAUUCUCCAAACAGCCCUAACUUCACUCAGAAUAAAGUAAUUUGUUUGAGAUUUUCAAGAUGUUCACU